CCUGUGAUGAUCACAUGACCCACGAUGCUCCUAGAGCUCUGACUGCUCAAUACAAGCUGUCAAAAAUACAGGAAAAACAGUUCCAGACGUUCACAGCACCAGCAAUGCCUGUUCUGAUGUACAGAAACAUUCGCAAGACAAAAACUAUAGUGGAUGUACGUCUCAGCUUAAAGCCAGAAUGAUUAUUACACUUCUUCAGUUGCUGUCAAUCACAUGCUAAAAGCUCAUGAAAGUCAAAAAUCAGUAUCUCAAAAUAUUAGAAUAUUUACAUUUGAGUUUGAAUAAAUGACCAUCCCUACAGUAUAAAUUCUGGGUAUCUCUUGUUCUUUGAAACCACAAUAAUGGGGAAGACUGCUGACUUGGCAAUGAUCCAGAAGACGAACAUUGACACCCUCCACAAAGAGGGUAAGUCACAGAAGGUCAUUACUGAAAGGUGUGGCUGUUUACAGAGUGCUGUAUCAAAGCAUAUUAAAUGCAAAGUUGACUGGAAGGAAGAAUUUGGGAAGGAAAAGGUGCACAAGCAACAGGGAUGACUGCAAGCUUGAGAAUACAGUCAAGCAAAGCCGAUUCAAACACUUGUGAGAGCUUCACAAGGAGAGAACUGAAGCUGGAGUCAGUGCAUCAAGAGUCACCAAGCUCAGACGUCUUCAGGAAAAGGGCUACCAAGCCACUUCUGAACCAGAGACAACGUCAGAAGCAUCUUAACUGGGCUGUGGAGAAAAAGAACUGGACUGUUGCUCAGUGGUCCAAAGUCCUCUUUUCAGAUGAAAGUAAAUUUUACAUUUCAUUUGGAAAUCAAGGUCCCAGAGUCUGGAGGAAGAGUGGAGAGGCACAGAAUCCAUGUUGCUUGAAGUCCAGUGUGAAGUUUCCACAGUCAGUGAUGAUUUGGGCUGCCAUGUCAUCUGCUGGUGUUGGUCCACUGUGUUUUCUGAUGUCCACAGUCAACGCAGCCAUCUACCAGGAAUUUUUUUUCCAAAUGUUGAGAGGAUUUACGUUAUCUCUUUUCUAUGGCCAAAAAAAUCAGAGGUUUCACAGAUAGGACACGUACGUCUGCAAGAUGUCUGUUAAAGAUCGCUUGAUCUGGAAAGCAUCUGCUGUGUACAAACCUUUGACAGAUGUCUUUAUGAUUUAGAAUGAUGCUCUUUGGUUCAGGACUGACCCUUCUCUUGUGCUCGAUCUUUGCACACAUUGGUUCCCAGUCCUGCAGGUGCAAAGCUUUACCGUCCCGAGGUCUGAGGAUGAACUGCAUCUCGCAGGGCCUGAGAACCAUCCCUCAUCUUCCUGCAGAAAUCACCAAACUCCUGCUGCAGAAUAACCUCCUGACCACCGUAACUCCUGGGCAUUUAGACAGGCUCCAACACCUGCAGCUGGUCAACUUAUCCGAACCCUUCCACUGCGACUGCAGCAUCCAGUACUUAAGACAAUGGCUACAGAGGAAUAAAGCCAUCUCUGUGAUGCCGGUGUGUGCCAGUCCUGCAGAACUAGCCCAGAGACCCAUCGAUGAGCUCACUGAUGCUGAUUUCACGUCCUGUGUCUCUGAUCACUGCUUUGGGUGGGUUUAUAAUGCCAUCUUAUGCAUCAUGCUUGGCUUUCUCAUUGGUUUGCUGCUGUGGUGUGUGCAACUGGCAAGAAACUCUACAUUUAUUCUGGGAAUCGAUGAGAGACACAUGGGAUUUGAGGCAGAAUCUCUUCGAUCACUCAAACCCAAACACAGAGUGAGGAUGAGGUGCAGUAUCGGGUCACUGAGUGCAGGAACCGGUGACAUGGACAAGCCUUUACUCAACAUGGACAUCCUCCCUCAGAUACUGGACGUCCUGAACAAGCAACACAACAUUAAGAUUAAGGUGCCAUGAAAAUCUAAACUGUGUACUGAUCCCUUCUAGUAUAUAAUAUGCUUUCAUUUGAUAUGUACUGUAACUUGGACUGCGAUAUUGGGAAAUUGUAAAUCUUGCCAGUUUAGUAUAUAUUUUGCUCUGUAAGGUGGAUUUUAUUUAUUACAUUGUGUUAAAACAACCUCUAAGCCAAACAAAGGUUUCAAGUGAAUCAUUAUUAUUCAUUUCAAACUCAAGGCUAAUGAGGCUGUCUUUGGGACACUGUGCUGCUCACCAGGGCCCAGUUGUUAAAAAAGUUAAAACUGGAUAAGAAUGAUCUAGAUUUAGACAUCCCAGUUUUGCUAUAUUGGAUCAGGUAAUCCAUCUUAAUUUUGCACCAGUUUAUCCAAAGCAACAUUGGACUGGACCCUGAUCAAGAUACACACUUCUUCUGAUUGCCAAUUACAGAUAAGACCAAAACUGAAAUAAAAAUAAAUAAAUAUAUAGACACAUCAACGAAUAACAAUUUACAUUUAUGCAUUUAGCAGUCGCUUAAAAGCGACUUACAUUGCAUUCAAGUUACAGUUUCUACAUUUUAUCAGCUUUUGCUUUCCUUGGGAAUCGAACCCAAUGAUCUUGACAUUGCUAGCACCAUGCUCUACUAUUUGAGCUACAGGAAAGCCUGUAUAUUGAAUACAAUAAUGAAUUAAUAAAUUUGUUAUUAAUAAUAAUAAUGAAUUUAAAACAAAUGACAAAAA